UGGCAAAUCUCAAUGGACAUUCACGCAAUCCAGAUAUAAAUAGCCUCACACGGCGGACACCGACAUUAAAUCUUCCCGCGUGUUGCUUUCUCGUGUACAGUUAUAAACGAACCAAAUUAAUAUUUAAUUCAUUAUUUUUUUGUAUAUGAAGGUCUUCAAUUUGAAAAAUUGCUGUAUAAUUUCAACCCCACCGUUCUUUCAUUUUUAUUCGAAUGAUAAGCAUUGUGAAAAGGACACCCGAAACACCCGAAAAGCUGGCGCAAGAACACUUCAGAGUCUCCCCGGUGUUUUAUACACACCUGUUAAAAGAACUACCAUGGAGAAUUCGACUGAAAUGCUGUUUGUUCUACAAGGACUAAAUGACACGAAGUCAAGCAAAAAAACAUACUUUGUCGUCACUCUUCUCGUUUACAUUUUUACUACUUUAGUAAACCUGACUUUGAUUUCGAUAAUUGGUUUAGAUAGAAAGCUCCAUGAGCCCAUGUUUAUAUUUCUGUGCAACAUGUGUGUAAAUGGGAUAUUUGGUGUCUCUACAUUUUAUCCUAAAAUAUUGGUGGACCUUUCAUCUGACGUGAGUGUUACGCCGUAUAAAGCUUGUCUCGCUCAAAUGCUUGUAAUAUACAGUUACAUCUUCUGUGAGUUCACUACAUUAGCAGUGAUGGCUUUUGACCGGUAUGUCGCGAUAUGCAAGCCGCUCAAGUACCACUCCAUCAUAACGCCUCGGAAGGUGGCGAAUUUUUUGUGUUUUACCUGGCUGUUUUCUAUCAGUGAAUCAGCUAUUGGGAUGGGCCUGAUAGCCAGACUACCCCUCUGUGGAUUUAACAUCGACAAGAUUUACUGCACAUCCUGGGCAGUGGUAAAGCUAUCAUGUGUGGAUACCACUAUCAACAACAUAUACGGGUACAUUCUCACGAUAAUACACAGUUUAGAAGCAGGGGUGAUCUUUGUUUCCUAUGUUAAUAUCGUCAAAGCAUCUGCGCGAUCGCCAGAAGAACGCAGUAAAUUCAUGCAGACCUGUUUGCCCCAUUUAAUCUCUUUGGGCAACUUCACAGUCGCAAUCGUUUUUGACGUCAUGUACGCUCGCUAUGGUUCCAACACCAGCCUGCAUACUCUCCGCAGUUUCAUGUCCGUGGAGUACCUCGUUGUUCCACCGCUGUUAAAUCCCCUCAUAUAUGGCCUCAAACUGAACCAGAUCCGCCGGAGAAUAUUUAGAGUUUGCAAUCGGAAAACCAGUACUCUGAAGUGAAUGUCGUUUUUAGCCGGAAAAGACUGCUUUUUAUAUGUUUUGGCUAUGCGUAGAAUUUUGUAUUUUGUGCUAUUUUUGUUUUAUCAAUGUCCCAUUUUCAAGGAGCCUGUAGCCUAUUAUACUGCAUUUGCCUACGCAAGGUUUGGCGUGGGAUUAUUUCAAAACGCUGCAGUAAUAUUUUUCCCAUAUUAAGUCAUUAAGUAUUUAUUGAUUUUUAUCGAUUUAAUCACCUGGAAUUGAAAUA